AUCAGCCACCGGAUCAUAUCAUCCAGCUUCUAUUAUCACUCACUCAUUCUCUCGUUCAUCAUCUGUCAUUCUUUUCAGCAAACUGUGUUUGCUAGCCAUUCUUUAUCUUCAAUCCGAUAACCUUUCACUAUGAAGUACUCUCUCUUCACCGCCGUUGUUGCGGCUUUCGCAUCUGGUGUCAGCGCUGCUGACGCCGUCAAGGGCGCUGCUGAGGGUUUUGCUAAGGGUGUCACUGGUGGUGGCAGCGCCAAACCUGUCUACCCCUCCACUACUGCGGAGCUCAUCAGCUACCUCGGUGACUCUUCUCCUCGUGUCAUUGUCCUCACCAAGACUUUCGACUUCACUGGCACUGAGGGUAAGGCUACCUCUGCCGGUUGCCGCCCAUGGGGAACUGGCUCCGCUUGCCAGAUCGCCAUCAACAAGGACGGCUGGUGCGACAACUACCAGCCUAACGCUCCCAAGGUUGGCAGCAUCACCUACGACAAGGCUGGUAUGCUCGGAAUCACUGUCAAGUCCAACAAGUCUUUGAUUGGACAGGGCAGCAAGGGUGUCAUCAAGGGCAAGGGUAUCCGCAUGACUGGCAACGUCAAGAACAUCAUUGUUCAGAAUGUCCGUUUCACCGAGAUCAACCCUCAAUACGUCUGGGGUGGUGAUGCCAUCACCGUUGACGGCGCCGACAUGAUCUGGAUUGAUCACGUCACCACCGACCUCAUCGCCCGCCAGCACAUUGUUCUCGGUAACGGCGCUUCCGGUCGCGUUUCCAUCACCAACAACGAGAUCAACGGUGCCACCGCCUGGUCUGCUACCUGCGAUGGCCACCACUACUGGGGCAUGUACUUCACUGGCAGCUCCGACAUGGUCACCCUCAAGGGCAACUACAUCCACCACACCUCCGGCCGCUCCCCCAAGGUCGCUGGUAACACCCUUCUCCACGCCGUCAACAACUACUUCUACGCCAACUCCCAGCACGCUUUCGAGGCCGACUCUGGUGCCAAGAUCAUCGCUGAGGGUAACGUCUUCCAGAACGUCAAGGAGGCUGCUCAGUCUGGUCUCCCAGGCAAGGUUUUCGCUGUUGGCUCCAACGGCUCUGCCUGCAAGUCUGCUAUGGGCCGCAACUGCGAGCCCAACGCUUACGGCAGCUCUGGCACCAUGGCUGGCUCUGACACCAGCAUCAUUGCCGGCAUGAAGGGCAAGAACAUUGCCGCUGCCGGUACUGCUGCCAGCGCCAAGAACGUCCAGCAGACCGCUGGUUACGGAAAGAUCUAAGCGACUCUGAUGGAAUCAGCUAUCGCUUAAAGGAGAGUAACUUCAUAUGUUCUUGUAUAUACAUUCUAUCACUUCGUACAUAUUCCGUUUAAAUUGGAGAUUUUUUUGUCCUCCAUUGAAAAUCUCUGUCCCUGAAUUUCUAGUGUUCUAGUUCAUUACUAUGAUGAGUAUUGAGAUCUUCCCUUGACGCUGCCCUAUGAGCAACCGUUUAUUUGCGCUACCUUUUUCGAUAACAUCAGCUUGUUAUCAUCUUGUCUACCGAUAACGCAAAUCGAAAUACAUUGUGUGUGCCAAAGGGAGCUUCAAGCGUAGGAGAAAGGGUGAGUAGUAGAAACAAUGACGUAAUACGGUACACAGCG